AGUCCUGACAAAGAAUAACAUGGAUUCAUAUCUCUGUUUCUUUACAGGAACACCAGUGGAAAAUUCCUAAGCAUGGGUCCAACUACCCCAUCCUGGAACAUUACCAACACAGUAGUCAAAGAAGCUUACUACACUGAAAAUUUAUCCUGUUUAACUAUGUUCAAUUUAAUUACUGUCAUUGUUGCUGUGGUUGGUCUGGCAGGAAAUGCCAUAGUGCUAUGGCUUCUAACCUUCCACAUCCAUAGGAAUGCCUUCUCAGUCUAUGUCCUCAACCUGGCUGUUGCUGAUUUCUUACAACUUUGCAUUCAGAUUGUGCAUUCCUUGGAGUGUAUCCUACAGUUAGAUUACAGAUACUUUUUGUUUCUCCUCAUUGUAUUUAUGUAUGCAUACCUUGCAGGUUUGUGUAUGAUUUCAGCCAUCAAUAUUGAGCGCUGUCUAUCUGUUAUGUGGCCCAUCUGGUAUCACUGCCAAAGACCAAGACACACAUCAGCCAUCAUGUGUGUUCUGCUCUGGACUUUCUGUCUAUUGUUGAGCCUCCUGCUAGGGCUAGGCUGUGGCUAUAUUUCCAGAGUUUCUGAAUAUUAUUUCUGUAAUACUAGUAGCUUUAUUAUUACUGCAUUUAUAAUAGUGUUAUCUGUGGUUCCUUUUGUGUCCACCCUGGCCCUGUUGUUAAAGAUCAUCUGUGGAUCACACAGGGUUCCUGUGACCAGGUUGUAUAUAACCAUUGCUCUCACAGUGGUGGUCUUCAUAUUUUGUGGUCUGCCCCUUGGGAUAUACUUGUUCCUCUUGCAAAGGUUUGAAAAUGUUCGAAGAAUUUUAUUUCCAAUUGUUUGGGAAAUUAUAGUAUUCCUGUCCUGUGUUAACAGCUGUGCCAAUCCCAUCAUUUACUUCCUUGUUGGCUCCAUUAGGCACUGCAGGUUUCAAUGGCAGAGUUUGAAGCUGCUUCUGCAGAGAGCCAUGCAGGACACUCCUGAGGAAGAGAGUGGAGAGAGGGGUCCUUCACAAAGGUCUGGGGAACUGGAAAAUGACUAG